AUGCUCUCGAUUCGCGCUAGGGCCGUGAUCAAUCCUCUACGCUGCAUGACAAGGAUAAACAGCAAAAAACAUAAUUGUAAACGGGAUCUUUCCAAACUCAGCUACUUCCACAAUCCCGGAAAAGAGCCUCUGCUAACCUGGACUGCGGGAGAUCUGAUAGACAGAGCGGCAGACGCCUUCGGGGACACCAAAGCCAUCAUGUACCCUCAUCAGAACAUCAGCAAAACAUACGCGGAAUACAAAAAAGACGUAGAUCAGCUAGCUGCAAGCCUGGUGUCCCUCAAACUUCCUUUAGGAUCUAGAGUGGCCAUAUUGUCUCCGAGAGUUUACGAAGGGGCACAGCUUCUUUAUGCCGCGUCCAAGGCGGGACUUGUAAUGGUUGGCCUCCAUACAUUCAGCACGCCCUCUGAAGUUGAGUUUUGCUUGAAUAAGGCAGAGUGCGUGGUUCUCAUCCUCGCGGACAAAUAUACCCCUAAAAACUUCUACGAGAUGUUGCUUAAAAUUGCCCCUGAACUGGAGAAAUCGGCGCCGACAGAGUUGAAAAUCAAACGGCUGCCGUUCUUGAAACACGUGAUCACCAUCGGCGAUACCCGGAAGCCCGGAACUAUUACUUUCGAUGACCUGAUGAACUCUCCGACGGCCCAUGACCACGCCACAAUGAGCAAUGUGCGUGACAAAGUACAGUUCGACCAAGACGCCUUCAUCCAGUUUUCUUCAGGCACAACAGGGCAACCCAAACCAGCGCGACUGUCUCACUUCAACGUUGUAAACAACGCCAACAUUCUGGGCCGCCUCAUGGGAUACCAUCAACAGCGUGAACUCAUGUGCCUGAACGGAGACUUGAUCUACGGAUUCGGCAGAACACUGGGCGUGUUUGCUGCCACGAUGUUCGGCUCCACUGUUCUAUUGCCGGGACCUAAGUUUACGCCAAAUGAGACCCUGGAAGCUAUCACAGAGCACAGAUGCACAAUCGCCACCGGUUCAGCAACCAUGUUCUUUGAUAUGUUGCGUGAGCUUGAAGAAGGAUCGUACGACGUUUCGUCCGUUAGAAAAGCGAUUAUGUCUGGGUCCGUGUGUAAACCUGCCAUUGUGGAAAGGAUAAGAACGAGGAUGAACGCAAAAGGUUUAUACAUCAUGUAUGGUGCUACCGAGACCAGUCCAAUCUUCAGUAGCACGAAUCCCGAUGAGCCAAUGAAUCUCUGGAUUCGGACUAUUGGGACACCGCUGGACCACGUUGAGGUGAAGGUUGUGGACGCCGAAGGCAGGAUUGUUCCCGUGAACACGGGGGGAGAGCUGUGCACCCGAGGUCCCCACGUCUUCAAGGGCUAUCUUAACGAUGAGGCCAAGACGAAUGAAGCCAUUCGGGACAACUGGUACCACACGGGAGACGAGGGAUCAAUGAGCGAGGACGGUCGGCUCACAUUCCUGGGCCGCAUCAAAGAGAUGAUCAACUACAGGGGCUUGAAAGUGCCGCCGCUGGAGAUUGAGAAUGUCCUCAGCACUCACCCGGACCUCGAGGAGGCGCAGGUGAUUGGAGUACCGGACGAGCAGACAGUUGAACGAGUAUGUGUCUGGAUCAAACUGAAACCAAAUAAAACCUUAUCCUCAGAAGACAUCAAGAAAUUUUGCAAGGAAAAGGAGUUACCCUGGUACAAGAUACCGGAAUACGUGCUCUUUGUGGACUCCUUCCCGAGGACUCAGACCGGAAAAGUCCAGAAGCACAAAAUGCGGGAGGACAGUGUGCGACUCCUUAACCUGUGAAGAAAGAUCAAUGUGAAACAAGAAACAAACGGAAAAAAAUACUUUACUCUAAACAACUUGGUGUAUUCACUGACGUGGAAGCAUUGUCUCACUGGAAGGAAUUCGCCAUCGACCGCGAGCGCUGCUUUGUAAAAAAAUUAAUAGCGCAGGAGGUUACCCGGAGUGUUGCCGAGUAUUUAACAAAACACAAUAAAGAGGUAUGAUUCUUUUCUUUUUGUGUGUUUUUAUUGUACUAUUUUUAAUAAUUUUUAUAUCACCCCUAACUCUCUUCAGAAGUCAGUUGGCAACAGCAAAACGACACUUUGAGGCAUGGAAUUUUAAGUUUAGCACUUUUUUUUUCUUCUGCUACUUCCACCUUUUCUUUUCUAAAGCCUACCCUCUACAUUUUUUAUAUUAGUCACAGCGUUGCAGAUUGCGGGUUUCGGGGCGAACAACCUCAGUCAGGUUAUCGUGUACUUAAAUUACACACUAACAGAUUGUUUCUAUCGCAGAAGGUGCGCGUAGUGGAGUACCAAAUAACUAAAUAAUAUCAAACAAAACAGAGUGUAUAAAAACAAUUACUAAAACAAUGGUUAUACCAAUA